UGUAAAGCUCUUUGAACCGGACAGAGAGCCGGAUCAGACCAUCGGGGAACUCUGCUGAGCAACAUGGAGGAAUCAGCGCACCGACGAGGAGACAAGAAAGUGGUGGCAGUGGUGGGAGGCGGUUUGGUGGGGGCACUCAACGCCUGCUUCUUCGCCAAAAGAGGCUUUGAGGUGGAAGUCUUUGAAACAAGAGAAGAUAUUCGGAAAGCCAAAGUAGUGAAAGGCAGAAGCAUCAACCUGGCUUUGUCCCACAGAGGCCGGCAAGCCCUGAAACAUGUUGGGAUGGAAGAUAAGAUUGUUUCCAACGGAAUCCCAAUGAAUGCCAGGAUGAUUCAUUCGCUAAGUGGGAAACAAUCUCCGAUCCCGUAUGGGAAGAAAGGACAGUACAUCCUGUCUGUUGACAGAGCCAAUCUGAACAAAGAGCUGCUGACAGAGGCAGAGACGUAUCCAAACACAAAGCUGAACUUUGACCACAAACUGCAGGACUGGAGUGCUGAAACCGGACUAUUGACCUUCACCAGGCCGGACGGAUCCAAGACGCAGACUCAAGCGGACCUGAUCGUCGGUUGUGACGGCGCGUUCUCCGCCGUCCGGAAGCAGUUCCUGCGCCGCAGCCGCUUCAACUACAGCCAGACGUACAUCCCGCACGGAUACAUGGAGCUCACCAUGCCACCGAGAGACGGAGAGUUCGCGAUGAAGCCAAACUACCUGCACAUCUGGCCCAGAAACACCUUCAUGAUGAUCGCUCUCCCCAACCUGGACAAGACGUUUACCUGCACCCUCUUCAUGCCCUUUGAAGACUUUGAGAAAAUCACCACAGGAGAUGAAGUCAUCGAGUUUUUCCAGAAAUACUUCCCUGAUGCCAUCCCGCUAAUCGGAGUCGCCGCCCUCAGGAGGGAUUAUUUCCGCCUGCCUGCUCAGGCCAUGGUCUCCGUGAAGUGCUGCCCGUAUCACAUCGGGGACAAAUGCGUCCUGAUGGGGGACGCGGCGCAUGCUGUGGUGCCUUUCUACGGCCAGGGGAUGAACGCUGGCUUUGAAGACUGCCUUGUCUUUGAUGAAAUAAUGAAUGAGUUCAAUGAGGAUUUCAGUGCCGUGCUGCCGGAGUACACCAGGGUCCGGGUUCCUGACGACCACGCCAUCGCAGAUCUGGCCAUGUACAACUACGUGGAAAUGCGGGCGCACGUCAACUCGAAAUGGUUUAUUUUCAGAAAACACGUGGACAAUCUACUUCACCUCCUCAUGCCGCACAUUAUUAUUCCACUUUACACAAUGGUGACUUUCACCAGGACCAGAUACCAUGUCGCUGUGGAGCGCUGGCAUUGGCAGGACAAAGUGAUAAACCGCGGCCUGCUGCUCGGAGCUGUGGGAGCUGCUGCUGGCAGCUCCUAUCUGCUCAUUAAAAAUCCUCCAGACAUCAACAAGCUCGUUAUCGCAGCUGAGAAGAUCUGGAACAAGAUGGCCGCCCUGAAGACGCCGCUGCGUGUCGGCGCCGCCUCUCAGAUCUGACGGACAGGAGCCUCAGAACAUCGGAACGAAGUGAGCGGCGUCUAAAUUCAAUUAUUAAAUCUAAUAACGGACUUCAGAUUUGACUCAUUAGGAUGUUUCAAUUAAAGCAAAUGAACAGAUUUCAUCUUUACAUAACAUUUUCAGAUUAAAAUAAGUCCUUUUUUUAUUUGUCACAAUAAAAUUGCUGUACAUUGAUGUAAUUUGUUUAUUUUAAAUUAUUUGUUGAUCUAUCAGCCAUAUAAUAUGCAUAAAUUAAGCCCAAAUUUAAAAAUUGUGGAAAAAUAAUUUUUAUUGACAGAAAAGUGUCAACAGUUAUCAAGAUGUAAUCAGUUCAUCUGAUUCUGACGUGUUAAAGGUAUUUAUUUAAUUGUAAAACUGAUAACUUCAAAAGAUGCUGAACAUCUGAACAUCCCUCGUUUUAAUUAUUUAUUUUUCACUGAGCUAUUCUCAUACAAUUACUGCCUUAUUAUGCUAAAAUACUACUUUAUUCUAGUAGUUUAUUGUCAUUGAGAAAAGAAAUUGUAAUAAUGAGAAAUAAGUAACAAAUACAACAUAUUUAGGUUAAAAUAUUAUGACUAUUCCUGUUUUAUUAUGGCUUUACUUUGGUAUUAUUGUGAAUCUUUCUCACAUAAUUACAACUUUAUUGUGUUAUUUCAAGGUUAAUAUUGUAAUAGGAAUUUUAUUUUUAUAUCAUUGCAACUUUCUUCUUGUAUCACCACAACUUUUUCUUCCAUUAUUACACCUUUCAUCAGGUAAGUGACAUUACCUAAAUAAAGGUGGAAAAAAGUUGUUUCAAGAAUAAAGACAUCAUUUUAUUCUUUA